AUGCAGUCAAGGUCCUUUGCAACGGCAUCAGCUAUUCCCAAAGUCCACCCCAAUUGCGACGCCCGUACCCCUCCAUAUGAUAAACUCCGAAGGAACUACGAAACCGUCCGCCGAGUUCUCGGUUCAAACCAGCAUCUCACGCUUGCCGAAAAGAUUUUAUAUUCUCACUUAGAAAAGCCGGAAGAAACGCUCUCAGGACAGAGCACUGGCUCAAUCCGUGGAAAUGCAUACCUCAAACUUAAGGUCGACAGGGUCGCCAUGCAGGAUGCAAGUGCGCAGAUGGCUCUGUUACAGUUCAUGAGUUGUGGGCUUCCUACGACUGCUGUUCCUGCAUCGAUACAUUGCGAUCAUAUGAUUGUUGGAGAGAGGGGUGCGGACGUGGAUCUUCCUGAAAGUAUCAAAGGAAAUAAGGAAGUAUUUGACUUUCUGGAGUCUGCUGCGAAAAAGUACGGGAUUGAGUUCUGGGCUCCCGGUUCUGGUAUCAUUCAUCAGAUCGUUCUCGAAAACUACUCGGCACCCGGUCUUAUGAUGCUUGGAACGGACUCGCACACUCCAAACGGAGGCGGUUUAGGAGCCAUUUGUAUCGGUGUCGGUGGCGCUGAUGCCGUAGACGCACUUGUAGAUGCGCCUUGGGAACUCAAGGCGCCCAAAGUUCUAGGGGUUAAACUCGAGGGAAAGCUUGAUGGUUGGGCAAGUCCGAAGGAUGUUAUCCUCAACCUCGCCGGGCAGCUCACAGUUCGAGGUGGCACUGGCUAUAUUGUGGAAUACCACGGAGAAGGAGUCCAGUCAUUAAGUUGUACUGGAAUGGCAACAAUCUGCAACAUGGGUGCCGAAAUCGGUGCUACAACAUCCCUUUUCCCAUUCACACCGAGCAUGUCCCGAUAUCUUCAAGCGACCGGUAGAGGACCUAUUGCAGAGAAGGCGACAGCGAUGGGCGACUUUCUAUCUGCAGAUUCAGGGGCAGAAUACGACAAGGUCAUCACUAUAGACAUGUCAAAGCUUGAGCCCCAUAUCAACGGUCCCUUCACGCCGGACUUGUCAACACCUUUGUCGAAGUUUAAAGAGGCAAUUCAAGAACAGGCCUGGCCGUUGGACCUCAGUGCAGGCCUAAUCGGAUCGUGCACAAACUCGAGUUAUCAGGACAUGACCCGUGUAGAAAGUAUCGUAAACCAAGCGAAAGAGGCCGGUUUGAAGCCAAAAGUUGACUUCUUUGUCACACCUGGUUCGGAGCAAAUCAGAGCUACCCUCGAGCGAGAUCAAACAUUGAAUGCCUUGGAAAGUGCAGGUGGCGUUAUAUUGGCGAACGCAUGCGGGCCUUGCAUUGGACAAUGGAAACGGACAGAUGGCGUGAAGAAAGGCGAUACAAACGCCAUCCUAACGUCGUUUAAUCGAAACUUUAGGGCUAGGAAUGACGGAAAUCCAGAUACCCUCAACUUCCUUGCCUCGCCUGAAAUUGUUACUGCUAUGGUAUACUCAGGGCGAAUGGAUUUCAAUCCAACAUCCGAUUCGAUUGAAACUCCUUCCGGGUCGGUAUUUCGAUUCUCGCCUCCACAUGGCGAGGAACUUCCUCGGAACGGUUUCGAAGCUGGAAGAGAAGACUUCUUCCCUGUGAAGGCAGUUCCAGACCCAACUACAGAAGUUGUCGUAUCUCCCACAUCCACCCGUCUGGCUCUUCUAGAUCCAUUCCCACCUUUCCCAGAAUCCGAACUCGAAAACCUAAGUGUUCUAGUUAAGGUCAAAGGAAAAUGCACCACAGACCACAUCUCUGCCGCCGGAAAGUGGUUAGCCUACAAGGGCCACCUGGAGAAUAUCUCUAAUAACACAUUGAUCGGCGCCCUAAACGCCGAAACAGACGCUGUUAACACUGUUAUUGAUUUUGACGGCUCAGAAACUUCAAUUCCAGAUCUUGCUAGGCGUUGGAAGGAAAAGGGUCAAGGAUGGCUCGUCGUAGCCGAAUGGAAUUAUGGCGAAGGAUCGGCUCGUGAACAUGCCGCUCUACAGCCACGAUACCUAGGAGGCUCAAUCGUGCUUACAAAAUCAUUCGCUCGCAUCCACGAGACCAACUUGAAGAAACAGGGAGUAAUUCCCCUGACAUUUGUGAAUGAAUCGGACUACGAUCUGAUAUCUCCGCGGGAUAAAGUUACCACGGUUGGCUUGUUAGACAUGCUAAAGAAUGGGGGUGCGGGGGCGGUCAAGCUUCAGGUUGUGAAGGAAAAGACCGGGGAGAAGAUUGAGAUUGAGACCGCGCAUACGUUUUCUAAGGACCAGGCCGAGUGGGUCCUUGCAGGAUCUGCAUUGAACCUCCUCGGAAAGAUGGCGAAAGCCUCUUUGCAGUAA